UCGUCUGCCGCUCCAAGUGCCGCGUUUCCAGCCACUAGCUUUUUGCUCACUCAGUUUCGGACGAAGAUUGCUGCCGACAACUCGGACGGUUCAGCAUCAGCCUCUGCUAUUUAAUUGUCUUUAUGAAAUGCCUGACACACUCCAAAUUCAUCCUAAUGAUGUCGUGUCACGUGUUUCUUGGAAUAUCGAAGAUUCGAGGAGAGCGUCUAACCUCUCCUCAUUUGACAACAAACUGCUGUCUGAGUGGGCAAAAGCUGUCAAAAGUGGAUAUUUUCGCUAUGCACUCAACAUCCAAGGGUCAGUUGUUUUACCUGGAAAAUGGAAGUUUUUUAAGGAGCUUAAUAUAGAGCGUGGAGAAAAGGUCCGGAAGCCUCAAGAAUUUUAUUCUGUUAAUGAACCAUUUAAUAAAGACUUGUUCAAUUUCACUCGAAUGAAAAAGGAAGAAAUCAUCUUUGAAAUUCAAAUGGUGGAGGCUGAGGAUCAUCUAUUUGAAAGGGAUGAUUACAUGGCAAUCAAUGUUAGUCCCAUCAGUGAAGGACAUUGCCUCGUACUACCUAGUAUUAAAAAAAUGUACCCGCAAUCUCUAACGCUAAACAGCAUUGAGAUGGGCCUUGGUUUACUCUUAAGAAGCUCUUCACCGUCGUUUCGUGUUGCAUUUAAUAGUUUGUGUGGCUCAGCAUCUGUAAACCAUUUGCACUUGCAUAGCUUGUAUGUAAGAAAGCCCAUGAUUCUAGAAUGUCUGGAUUUAGAGGUGGUUGAAGGGCCUUGCUAUCAGAUGGUAAACUACCCUGCUCGAGGAUUUGCCUUUCAAGGAAAAGCAGAUUCGUCUGAUGAUGUAAAAUCUAUUGCAAGGAAUGUUUAUAAGCUGACCAACUUCCUUCAGAGCCAAAAUGAAGCACACAAUGUGACAAUGACACGCAGUAAACUGAAUGAAAGUGAUAGAGAUCUGUUAUAUGUUCGGGUUUAUGUGUGGGUGAGAAAACCAAACAAAGGAGCCAAAGAGACUUCAGAUUUUAACCCAGCAGCCUUGGAGUUGUUUGGAUAUUUUACAUUUAAAAAUGAGGACCAUUACAAAAAUGCUGAUGAAGAAUAUCUUUGUAAUGUUUUAGCAGACUUGACACACGAACCAUUUCAAAGAAAUUUUGAAAAAGUAAAGCAGUUAUUUCAGUGAUCUGUA